AGGAGGACGGAGGAAGAGGACAGGAGGGGGAGAGGAGGGUGCUGGUGGAGGGACAUUCAGUCAUUGUUACCAACUCGAGGAGCGGCGAAGACCCCGCUUACUCCCCGAAUUUUGCGGACAGCCUUCAGACAGAGCAUCAUUUCCACAGGGGGUCGUCGCUCGUAUUUCCACCAGCAUCAUCGUGGUCCGUGAAGGCCGGAGACGAAGGAGUGUUUUCAGCAUCUUAAAGGACCACAGCAUCACUUAGGUGAUGGAGGCCCUGUGACUCAGUGUAGUCAUGGUGAUGGAUGCAGCCAGCUUGGCCUUGUUGGAUUUCGCUGCCCACCCCAUGGUGUUUCUCUGUGAUCUAACGAGGAGGAAAGGACAAACAGCUGGUCCUUAAGUCUGGUAAUUUUUCCCACUUCCUGGUUAAAAGACCACGAUGCUGACAGGGCUCGAGCCCUCUCCGUGAGCCGUCAUCUCCUGGGUCUUGCUUCUUUUCUCCUGUACGGAUCAUGGAUCUCCUGUGGGUGCUUUCCGUGUCCAUGCUGACCGUGUGUGUUGCCGUCCCCAUGGAUGCUGUGGCCGGGAGCCACAGUCUGUUCACCUGUGAGCCCAUCACCCUGCGCAUGUGUCAGGGGCUGCCCUACAACUCCACCUUCAUGCCCAACGUCCUCAACCACUAUGACCAGCAAACCGCUGCUCUCGCCAUGGAGCCUUUCCAUCCCAUGGUGAACCUGCAGUGCUCCCCGGAGCUCAGGAUGUUCCUGUGUGCGCUCUACGCCCCAGUUUGUACCGAGUACGGUCGGAUCACGCUGCCGUGUCGCCGCCUCUGUCUGCAGGCCAAGAGCGACUGCUACAAGCUGAUGGACAUGUUUGGUGUCAGCUGGCCAGAGGAGAUGGACUGCAACAGGUUCCCAGACUGCGACGAGCCCUACCCCCGCCCCGUGGACCUCCUGUCCAGCUCGGACACGACCGAGUCUCCCAUCGCGGUCCAGAGGGACUACGGCUUCUGGUGUCCCCGCGAGCUCAAGAUCAGCCCCGAGCUCGGCUAUUCCUUCAUGGGGGUGCGAGACUGCUCUCCUCCGUGUCCCAACAUGUACUUCACACGUGAAGAGCUGACAUUCGCCCGCUACUUCAUCGGAGUCGUGUCCAUCGUCUGCCUCUCUGCCACGCUCUUCACCUUCCUGACGUUCCUCAUCGACGUGUCGCGAUUCCGCUACCCGGAGCGCCCGAUUAUAUUUUACGCCGUGUGCUACAUGAUGGUGUCCCUGGUGUUCUUCCUGGGGUUCCUGUUGGAGGACAAAGUUUCCUGUAAUGCAGCUAGUCCUGGGAGGUUUAGGGCUUCGACCGUGACUCAAGGCUCCCAUAAUAAGGCCUGCACUCUUCUCUUCAUGGUGCUGUACUUCUUCACCAUGGCUGGCAGCGUGUGGUGGGUCAUUUUAACCAUUACCUGGUUCCUAGCUGCUGUUCCUAAGUGGGGAAGUGAGGCUAUAGAGAAGAAGGCCCUCCUGUUCCACGCCUGUGCCUGGGGCAUCCCCGGCGUCCUCACGGUGACUCUGCUCGCCAUGAACAAGAUCGAGGGAGACGGCAUCAGUGGCGUUUGCUUCGUCGGGCUCUACAACUUAACAGCCCUGCGCUGGUUCCUGCUGGCCCCGCUGGGACUGGAUGUAGUGGUGGGCGUGGUCCUGCUGCUGGCAGGUAUUGCUGCUCUUAACAGAGUCCGCAUGGAGAUCCCGCUGGAGAAGGAAAACCAGGAAAAGCUGGUGAAGUUCAUGAUUCGUAUCGGUGUGUUCUCCGUGCUCUACCUGGUUCCACUGCUGACCGUUCUGGCCUGCUACCUUUAUGAGAGCAGCUACAGGGCUGUCUGGGAGACCACCUGGGUCCAGGAGAAAUGCAGAGACUACCACAUCCCGUGUCCCUACCAGGUGGAGCAGACCAGUCACCCCGACCUGGUGUUGUUCCUCAUAAAGUACCUGAUGAUGCUGAUUGUAGGAAUCCCCUCUGUGUUCUGGGUGGGCAGUAAGAAGACCUGCUUCGAGUGGGCCAGUUUCUUCCACGGCAAGAGACAUAAAGACGGGAUGGUCAACGAUAGCCGACAAGUGCUCCAGGAGCCCGACUUCACCCAGCUGCUCCUCAGGGAUCCCAACACCCCCAUUGUGAGGAAGUCACGGGGCACAUCCACGCAAGGGACCUCCACCCACGCCUCUUCCACCCACCUGGCCAUGCUGGACGAGCCGCCAAGCGCCAGCACCAGCCGAGCCGGCUCUGUGCGCAGCGCCCGCUCCAAGAUGAGCAGCUACCACGGCAGCCUGCACCGCUCGCGAGACAGCAGAUACACGGCCUCCAGUUUCAGGGCUGCAGACGACCGGCUGCCAUAUGGGAGCCUGCCUCGUCUAAACCACCAAUCACAGUCCAGGCACUGCAGCACCAAUCACCUCGACAGCCUGUCGCAGCACGGCUCCACCCAGAGGCUCGAGAGCCAGUCGCGCCACAGCAGCAUCAGGGACCUGAGCAGCGGGGCCACGGCGGUUCUCGGAGUGCCCGGAAACGGGAUCCACAGAGUCCUGGAGGAGGAUGGAGCGACCGCCUGAAGGGGUGGAGUCCGAGGAGCAGAGUGUCGACGAGCAGCCACUCUGAUACGUUUGGAGCUCAGAGCCGAAAUAACGAUGAAACAAAUGCUGCAUCAGCUUAAAGACGGAGUCCGAUUACAGAGGGGGGGCCUCGCACUGAGGGCACGGGACAGAAAUCUUUGCCUUAAACAUCCUCACAGCUUUAUGACGUAGCCUCCCAGUGUGACUCAAACUGAUCUUAGCACAGUUUUUAAACUCCACCCAGUCAGGGAACGACAACAUCACCGUUGGACCUAAACGACUGAGCCAGACAAAUGUGACCGACCGCACGACGCGGCUUACUUUGUAUAAAAGGACUUCGAUUAUGGACACGAGACAUUUGGAGCUCCGUCCUCUAGUUUUUAGUGUUUGGGAGGUUUUUGGGGUGGGGGUGGGGCUUAGAUUACAAAGAGACUCAUUACCCUUGUUCCAUGUUUUCUUCUAUUUAUGAGGGGCAGCCAAUCAGGAGAAAACCGGCCUAAAUGGAGAAGAACUGAAACAACUGGUUUCAGUGAGAGGAUGAAACGUCAUCAGAUCCAUCCACAGCUUUUAGAUCUCUGCUGAAUCUGAACCUGCUAUUCUGCACACGAAGGGAUUUAAGUCUGCUGAACUUUCUAGAAGCCUCGCCUCAUUUUAAAAGCUGGAUUUUAGUGAGUGUUUUAUUGCACCUGUGCAAUAACGUAUGGAACGAUACAAGGAAGUCAUGUCAGUCUAUGCUUUACUGUUUUAAACCCAAGGGCUGAAAUCCAGAAUAUAAAUGCUGAAUCCAAACUCCUGCCUUAUGACUGUGAAGAGAACAAACCCAACAGAGGUGAUGAAGCACAGAUUUAAUGACGUGCAAAAAACCUCAAGCAGAGCAUCAGUGAGCUUCAUGGAGCUGUGCGGACACCUGAACACCAACACAGCUGAACACAGUUUACCUUCCCUUUCCGUCCGAACACGUUCGCUUUGAACAGAUUUGCUCCGUCCUGUUAGAGCAACGUUUCCUCGAGAGGCAAAACAUGUUCAUAGAUGUAAAAAGUGUCAUUUCUAAUAAAGUUUCAAACAAAUCAAAAGCUUCUGAUGUUUCCUGAAGAGAAAUGAGCACACGGCAACACUGGAGUGUAUUUGUAACAGCCCUCCGCUUUAUUGAAAUACAUCGGAGUCGGGUUAAUAUAAUGAGUUCUCCACGUAAGUGUGGCAGCCGCUUCCAUACAUUAUUUUUGUUUUGACCUUACACCUUAAAUAUUUUUGUGCAAAAAAAGAAUCUACAUCAGCUGUAGUGGGUUAUCCUCAGUAAAACACCCAAACCGUCCCAAAAAGAAUAAAACGACAAACCGAAAACAAAAAUGAUUACAUCUAUAACAUGCAAAACUGUACAAAUUAUUACAAAGCAAUCCUAGAAAACAAAGUGGAAUAUGAUAUGAAAGAGCAAAACAAUAUAGAAGGUACUGGAGAUAAGACCUCACUGAAAUGUAAAGGCGUUUCCAUUUCUUUAAAUUGCGGCACUUCAGCCGUGAAGCCACCUGUCGCCCAACACUCACUGCCGUCUCCACCCGGGUCACAUUCCCUCACUCACUGCUGCCCGUCCAUCAAAUGAAUCAAACGCACCUCGAUUACGCUCAUCUGACUGAAAAUUUGUUUCCUGAGUUUCCUCUUCUCCCUCUUUGAACUGGGACAUCUAGGAUCAGAUUUUCUGCACAAUAUUGGCCAAAAAUGAAAAACGCCGCCUGGCUAACACCUCACACACCAGCUCAUAUCGUUCUGCAGAUAAACUCUUCGCAGGAACGAAGGAGAGUCAACUAGCUUAAAAAAAAAAAAAGUUCUAAGAUAUUUGGAAUAAAACCAGCUGGGAGCUCUAAACCUCUCUUCAAAUUAAAAAAUAAUAAAAUAAAAUAAUAACACCUGGAAUGAGCUGUUUGCAGCUUUUUGCUGUGUUUCCACAGGGGGAAUGACCACUGAAGAGUUUUCCCUUUGUGACAAACAGGACGAGUGGAAGUGUGGAGCGAGGCUAAAACCCUCUCUGUGGGUUCUUUGCACAGAUAAUGCCAUGCCGCCAUGUCCCUCGGGUCAAAAUGCCUUUCAGUCUGCUUACAGAUGAACAGAGGUAACAGGUUUUUGGCUGUGAAUGCCCUGCUCUGCAGCCAGAAGCUGCCACACCAUUUCCCCCCUCUUCUAUUUUUUAAAGGCCUUUCCUCUCUGACAAAGGAAAGAAAGUAAAGUAGUGCCGUGGAGGCGGCUCAGAGCUCCGCCCUGUUCAGCUCACACAACAACAGGCAGCACUGAGGUCAUUUACUCCAUCGCCUCCAAGCCCAGGUGUGACUUCCUCGCACUGUUUACAUUCUCAUUGUAGCUUUUUUUUUUUUUUUUUUUUCUUUCUUUUAAAUCCCUCCUCUUACAAAUUUUCACGAGUACGUCAUUAAAA